CCUGGAUCCCCUGCCUGUUUCCUCGCGCCGUCGCUUUCCACGGAUCUUUCUUUCUCUCCUCCACCUGCCUUGGCCGCGAAGGCGCCACCUUUCCCCAGACCCGCCGGCCGACCUCUGCCUCUGCGCCGCUCGUCUCGUCUCCUCUCCUCUUUUGUCUUGUCGUGUAACACAAGGCAGGCUCCUGCUCUCGCUGUGGACUUCCAAGGCAGGCGUGGGGGACUCAAUUUGGUUUUCAUAGAUUGAGAUUGAUUUCGGUGCUCGGAGGGCGGGAUGAUGGGGUUGGGGCUGGGCGACCCGCCGGCGGAUUACGGCUCCAUCAUGGCGGUGGGGUUGUUCGUCGCGCUCAUGUGCAUCUGCAUCAUCGUCGGCCACCUCCUCGAGGAGAAUCGCUGGAUGAACGAGUCCACCACCGCGCUCUUGCUUGGGCUGGGCGCUGGCACGGUCAUCCUCUUCGCGUCCAGCGGGAAAAACUCGCGCUUAAUGGUCUUCAGCGAGGAUUUGUUCUUCAUCUAUCUGCUCCCACCCAUCAUUUUCAAUGCAGGGUUCCAAGUGAAGAAGAAACAAUUCUUCCGCAACUUCAUGACUAUUACAUUGUUUGCUGUAGUUGGGACCUUGAUCUCCUUCAGUAUAAUAUCCCUUGGUGCGAUGGGGCUAAUAUCAAGGCUGAACAUAGGCUCCCUUGAGCUUGGAGAUUACCUCGCACUUGGGGCAAUAUUCUCGGCAACGGACUCUGUUUGCACCUUGCAGGUGUUAAGCCAAGAUGAGACACCCUUCUUGUACAGUUUGGUGUUUGGUGAAGGUGUUGUUAAUGAUGCGACAUCAGUUGUGUUGUUCAAUGCAAUCCAGAACUUUGAUCUUGGAAAUUUCAGUAGCCUCAAAUUCUUACAGUUCAUUGGAAAUUUCCUCUAUCUAUUCGGCGCCAGCACCUUUCUUGGAGUAGCUAGUGGACUUCUCAGUGCUUAUGUCAUCAAGAAACUGUACUUUGGCAGGCACUCCACUGAUCGUGAAGUUGCUAUUAUGAUGCUCAUGGCUUAUUUAUCUUACAUGUUGGCUGAAUUGCUUGAUUUGAGUGGUAUUCUCACGGUUUUCUUCUGUGGUAUUGUAAUGUCACACUAUACCUGGCACAACGUAACAGAGAGUUCCAGGGUCACAACCAAGCAUGCCUUCGCCACGUUGUCAUUCAUCUCUGAGACGUUUCUCUUUCUCUAUGUUGGCAUGGAUGCAUUGGAUAUAGAGAAGUGGAAGAUUGUUAGUGAAACAUAUAGCCCAAUGAAAUCUAUUGCCUUGAGCUCCAUUAUUUUGGCAUUGGUACUGGUUGCAAGAGCUGCAUUUGUUUUCCCACUAUCUUAUCUCUCCAAUUUGACCAAAGAAACUCCAGGGGAGAAGAUCUCUAUUAGGCAGCAAGUUAUUAUUUGGUGGGCGGGUCUCAUGAGAGGUGCCGUGUCAAUUGCAUUGGCCUACAAUAAGGGUGUGCGUGCCCGUGUAGCUGGUUUAUUUGCAAAUGAAACUGCUCCAGGAAAAGGCUGGAUUUUUGCUUAUUUUGCAAAAUCAGGGCACACUCAGCUCCCUAGCAAUGCUAUCAUGAUCACCAGUACAAUAAUUAUUGUUCUUUUCAGCACAAUUGUCUUUGGGCUACUGACUAAGCCAUUGAUCAGACUCCUGAUUCCAGCGAGGCACCUCACUAGGGAAGUGAGUGCCCUUUCUGAGCCAUCCAGCCCAAAGUCCUUCCUUGAACAGCUGCCCGGGAAUGGGCCUGAGACGGAUCUCGAGAACGCUGUGAGCAUACGCCGCCCGACGAGCCUCCGGAUGCUCCUGGCGAGUCCAACACGGUCAGUCCACCACUACUGGCGCAAGUUUGACAACGCCUUCAUGCGGCCGGUGUUCGGAGGUCGAGGCUUCGUCCCAUUUGUCCCUGGAUCUCCCACCGAAAGCAGUGUACCAUUACUAGCCCAUGGAAGUGAGAACUAGAGGACUGCACAGAAGAGGAAGGGGAUUAUCUGACAGGAAAAGAAGUUUUGUAAAUUAGCUACAGUGAGUGUAAUUGCUGUAAAUCUGAGGUAGAACGGUUCUUCGUAGCUGCUCAUUUAGGCUAAUUUCCUGACCUGCAUACAGUUUUUUUAGCUGACCUGCAUAGAGUUGUGUAUAUCUCACUAGCCACUGCACAUUAUAAAGGAGUAUUCGCCCGUAAA